GUUUGUAUACGGAAACGAAUGGCUGCUAGCUAGUUAGCGGGCGAUUUUAGUGUCAGUUUGACACUACAGUUAGCUUUAUUUAAUGUUUUUACACCAAGGUGGUCAGCUUUUUGGCUAUUGAUUUUUGUGAGAAAACUACACUAAUGAGUACUUGUUCAUUGCCUUCUACUGAGCUAGUGCUAUUCGUGAGCACACUAGCUAGCUAACAUGAGCUACUAGGUAGCCGGCGAAGUGAAAACGUAGAUAGCCAGCCAGCUAUUAUGGACCAAAAAUACUUAUUUUAAAGUAAAUAAAAGGUUCUUAUUUCUAAAUUAUGGAUGAAAAAUACAGUAGCAAUGUCAUUUCCAGUGGAAAACUUGGACCGGUGGAAGUGCCUAAUGCCAGGCUAACCAGGUACAUUGUAUUACUCUGUGUCACCAAGCUGUUAAAGGCUUUAGGAAUUUUUGAAUCCUAUGAUCUACUUAAAGUGGUCCACAUUGUUCAGUUCAUCUUCAUACUAAAAUUGGGGUGUUCAUUGGUAUUACUAUUCUUCCAAAAACCUUUCUCCUCUGGGAAAGUUGUUACAAAACGCCAGUGGGUCCGAAUCCUCAAACAUGCUGUCAUCAGCUGUAUAAUAUCACUACUGGGAUUCUUCGGCCUCACGCUCUGUGGACCUUUACGGACACUGCUGCUGUUUGAACACAGCGACGUGGUGGUCAUCUCUCUUCUUAGUGUUCUCUUCACGAGCUCUGGCGGAGGACCCUCCAAGACCAGAGGAGCUGCUUUUUUCAUCAUUGCUGUGAUCUGCCUCCUGCUCUUUGAUAAUGAUGACCUCAUGGCAAAAAUGGCAGAGCACCCUGAAGGACACCACGACAGUGCCCUCACUCAUGCCCUCUACACUGCCAUCGCGUUUCUGGGUGUGGCAGACCACAAGGGUGGGGUGGUCUUGCUGGUGUUGUCCCUGUGCUUGAAGGUGGGCUUCAACACAGUGUCGAAGAAACUUUCUGUGGAGAUUGGGGGAGCGAAACGCCUCUACGCCCUGUCUAACCUGGUCUCUGCUGUAGUACUGCUACCUUGGGUCAUUGUCCUGUCUGCAACCACAGAGAGCAAGGUGGAGUCCUGGUCGUCACUGAUCAUGCCGUUUGGGAUGAUCGUUUUCUCGGUGAUGAUCCUCGACUUCUACGUGGAGUCCAUCUGCGUCACCAAGAUGGAGGCGCCCCGGUGCGCCCGCUACGGCUCGCUCUUCCUGUUUCUCGGCGGGCUGCUGCUGGCCAACUUCUGGACCCACCCGCUGACCGACCAGCUCCGCUCCGUCAGCAAAUCCGGCCAGCAGGACGGCACCGAGCACGUGCUCUCUGGAGGCGUCGUCGUCAGUGCCAUGUUCUUCAUCUUGUCUGACAGUAUUUUGUCAUCCCCGUCCAAGAAGGGGCAGAAGGGAACGCUGGUUGGGUACUCCCCUGAGGGGACCCCUCUCUACAACUUCAUGGGGGACGCCCUCCAGCACACGUCCCAGUCACUGCCCCGCUUCAUCAAAGACUCCCUCAAGCAAAUCCUAGAGGAGCACGACUCUCGCCACAUCUUCUACUUCCUCUGUCUCAACCUGGCCUUCACAUUCGUCGAGCUCUUCUAUGGUGUGUGGACCAAUAGCCUGGGCCUGAUCUCCGACGGCUUCCACAUGCUGUUUGACUGCUCGGCCCUGGUCCUGGGGCUCUUCGCCGCGCUCAUGACCCGCUGGAAAGCCACACGGAUCUACUCUUACGGCUAUGGCCGCGUGGAAAUUCUCUCUGGGUUUAUCAAUGGCCUCUUCCUCAUGGUCAUCGCUUUCUUUGUCUUCAUGGAAUCGAUCACCCGACUUAUAGAUCCUCCCAACAUUAACACAGAGAUGUUAACGCCCGUCUCAGUUGGGGGGCUCAUCGUCAACCUCGUGGGCAUCUGUGCCUUCAGCCACGCCCACUCGCAUGGUGCGUCCAAGGGGGGAUGCUCAUCGCAUGACCAUGGCCACUCCCACCACGGGCAUGGAGACCACAGCCACGGGGGGCAUGGACACAGUCACGGUGGACACGGACACGCCCACAGCCAUGGGCACGGACACUCCCAUGGCUCAGGGGGUGGAGGGAUGAACGCCAACAUGAGAGGUGUCUUCCUGCACGUCCUGGCCGACACCCUGGGCAGCGUGGGGGUUAUCAUAUCCACAAUCCUCAUUCGACAGUUCGGCUGGCUCAUCGCGGAUCCCAUCUGUUCCCUGUUCAUUGCCGUGCUGAUAUUCCUCAGCGUCAUUCCUCUUUUGAAGGACGCAUGUGAGGUUCUCCUGCUGAGGAUCCCCCCUGAGCAUGAAAAGGACCUCAAUAACGCGCUAGAAAAGAUACAGAAAAUCGAAGGUGUGCUGUCCUACCGUGACCCUCAUUUCUGGAGACACUCUGCUAGUGUCAUAGCUGGAACCAUCCACCUACAGCUGAUGUCAGAUGUUGUGGAGCAGAGAAUUAUACAGCAGGUGACUGCAGUGCUUAAAGAUGCAGGAGUGAACAACCUCUCGGUGCAGGUGGAGAAGGAAGCCUACUUUCAGCACAUGUCUGGACUCAGUACUGGAUUCCAUGAGGUUCUAGCCAUGACGAAGCAAAUGGAGUCCAUGAAAUAUCUGAAAGAUGGGACAUAUGUCAUGUGAGAGGCAUUCAGUGGGAACAAAUAAACAGCAAUGCUGAAACAAGAAUAAAACUGUGUGUUGGGAUUAUUUCCCUCUGCUUAUUUUUUGGAUAUUGAUGUAUAGAUAUCCUUAUAUAUUUUGUAACUUUAGUAACAUGUAAGGGAAUUGCUUUUGCUUUAAAAGAAGCAAUGGAGGUUACUUAAGUGAAAAGCUAAAAUUGAUAUGGAAGAUUUUCAGUUAAGUGUCAAUGACCUGUAAAUCUGAUGACGCAUUAAAUGUUAUAAAAUAAGAAAUGUGCUUUUUUCAUAUGAAUAUGUUCAGUAUUGCCCUAUUUAUUUUGAGUUUUUCAUAAUUUGCCUCUAAUUCCAUAUC